UGGAUCCGGAUAACACACGGAUGCAAAACCUAAUUCGGACCGACACCAAAAUGCCCGUCGUCCUUGGUGCAGGGCUCGGCUUCCUGCUUUGUUUCGGUUCGCGCUCUAACGUUAUUUCUUCCUUCUCGUCGAACGUCGAGAGAUUCUUCUGUGAAGAAGGAAGCAGAGAAGAAAGCAAUACGCUCACCCCUCUCUCUCUCUCUCUCUCUCUCUUUCUCAACCUGUCUGCGUCGUUUUCGUAACUUUAAAGGCAAAAGCAGGGCGGGCAUUGCUUUCUUUUAAUCUGAAAACGAAAGCUUAAAUCCUUAUUUGGGGUCCGUACAAGCUUUCGAGCGACGAAGCUCCGCCUCUCGCUCGCUCGAGGAUUUAUUAGAACUGUUUCUUUUUGUAUAAAUAUUCGAAUUAUCAUUAGCCACGAUGCGUCGCUCUUCAACAAGGAAAACUGGGUCGCAGAACUCUGCUUCCGCCAUGAAUUCUUUACCCGUUGAUCUCUUUCGCUCUGCCUCUAGUAAAGCCAUUAUUAAGGAGCUGGAGCGGAUUGAGCAGCUAUUUAGUUCAUACAUGAACAAGUCCUCUGGCAUGAUUGACCCAGAAGGAAUUGAGGCACUUUGUUCAGAUCUGGAAGUGGAUCAUACUGAUGUCAGGACACUGAUGCUUGCUUGGAAAAUGAGGGCUGAAAAGCAAGGAUAUUUUACCCUGGAUGAGUGGAGAAGAGGCCUCAAAGCACUACGAGCUGACACUAUCAACAAAUUGAAGAAGGCGCUCCCCGAGCUAGAGAAAGAGGUCAGAAGGUCACCAAAUUUUGUGGACUUCUAUUCCUAUGCAUUUCAAUACUGCUUAACAGAGGAGAAGCAAAAGAGCAUUGAGAUUGAUAGUAUUUGCGAAUUGCUGUAUCUUGUUUUAGGAUCUCAGUUCCUUGCUCAGGUUGUUUUGCUUAAUGAGUAUUUAAAGAUUCAGAAUGACUACAAGGUAAUCAACAUGGACCAGUGGAUGGGGUUUCUCCGGUUUUGCAAUGAGAAAGAUGAAUAAGGAAGAUUUUUAUUUGGAUGGACUGCGAUAAGCUGCUCUCCCUGAUUCUGCUAUAAGCAUGGCACUGAUGCAGGCUCUCCAAUUGGCAGGGUAUCUGAGCUAGCGGUAUGGAGAACCCACCAACCAGGGGGUAGGUUAUGGACUUACGGUUAAUAGUUGGAGGGGGGGCAGGAGGAGAGAGUGCCAAGAGGAGAGAGGAGCUGCUGGCAGCUCAGAGAUCCUUUCCCUAUAUGCCAUUGUGGUUUAGGAGUGUGUUGGGUGUGGAUUUGUGUCUUAGAGAUGGAUCGGUCUGACCAUCAUAUCCUAGGGGAGGUGGACCUAGUUAGUUGACCUGCUAAUUUGGUACAAGUAGUCCUGUAGGUUGGCACAUCAUACAUGAGAGCACAUGACAGUAACAUAUAAACUUUUAUGUAAGCAAGAUAGCAAUCUUUAUCAAAUAAGCUAGAUGCAUUUAUUAUUGGAAA